AUGGCAUCUGCGACAUCGGACCUGUCCGCCCUCCCCAAUGAGAUCCUGAGCCAGAUUUCGGGAUAUUUGGUUCUACCUCUACCCGACCGUCAGAACGUCCGCAAUGCUUGUCUGCUUCGUGAACGUCGAAAAGCACUCUGGAGCCUCUGCCUGAUGAGCCGCAAGCUGAACAAGGUGGCCACCUCGGUUCUGUACAGGACCGUCCGCUUUUGGCACGAGAAGCACCGGGACGGUUCUGGCCUGGGCUUGUUCCUGCGAACACUUGUCGAGAAUGCUCAACUUCGCCCGUUGGUGAGACAAAUUUCUUGUCUCAUCAACCUGACAGAGACAAGUGGAUAUAACUGGGAUGUGGUCUUGAUCAGCCAAAGCUGGGCGUCUCUCAGCGCCACCCUCCGCUUAGGCAAUGACGAAGAUAUCACUAUGCUCCAAUCCACCGACUUGGUAGACCCCAACGGGGGCAUGUGCCAAACUACUACGGGUGAGCGGGUAUUCGGUGCUAUUCUGUGCUUCGUCACUCGCCUCGAAUACGUCUACCUUCAAUGUCCCCAUAAUACAUGUUAUCUGCCCGCCUCCCGGCCCAACGCAUAUGGUGAUCUGGACCGCAUACUACGGAGCGCCUUGGCCACCGACGAGGGUCGCAGCAAAUGGCCAUUCUCUCCCAUGAUCUGUCCUGUCCUCCUGCAUGCCCCAGAUUUGAAGCUGCUCGCUGUCUACAAGGCAGAAAAUCGCUGGUCGAAACUUCCAAACACCCUUCAAUCCCUUGACCUCGCAGAUUCGCCGGUAUCAAACGCCGUAAUUGAAGACGCCUUGACCCUUCCAAACCUCAGGAACCUCAUCCUACGGGGCAUCAACAUUGCAGAAUGGGAAUGUGCACCUACCGAUCAGGACUACCUCAAUACCGCUAUGUCUCGCCACCUGGCCACGAAGCUGGUGAGCCUGGAACUAUGCCUCGAGGGUCAAUUGGAAAUGCAAGACGACUUUGGCCCCUCGGCCACCCUGCACAGCCUCGCCACCUUCCAAUCGCUGGAAAGGCUAAAGGCUCGGAGGGAUCUGAAGACGGUCAACCUCGAAGAGAAGUUACCAACCUCGCUCGUUGCUCUAGAAAUAUCAGUCAUCUUGACUGACAAGACCGAGAUGUGGUGGGAUGUGGAUGACUUCUAUGAAGAGGAGGACAAUUUGUCCCUGUAUAAUGGUCAUUUGAUCACUAUGUUUUAUCGAUUCGCCAAGUUUUGCAAGCAACGAUGCCCGCGUCUAGAGUCGAUCUCGUGGUGUCCGAACGCGUGGUUUGGGGAAGCGCCUCUUGCCGCAUCACCAGUAUUUACCACGAUCAUGGGACUGUUCCAAGAUGUCGUAGUAAAGCUGGAGGUGAAUGAGUAG